AUGCGUCCCAAUAGCAUCUUGGCUGCCCUGGCCAUCCUCAAUGGCCUGGCCUCUGCCAGCGCUAUCAUUUACCCCAAGCAUGGUGAAAAGGACGUCUUCAAGCAUGAUGGCCUUCGCCAUAAGGACCACCAAAAGGGCUACCACAAGGACUACUUCAAGGACCAACACAGGGACCACCACAGGGACAAGCACCACAAGGACGCCCACGUUGAGGUUGACAAGUUCAAGAUCAAGGAUGACAUCAAGUGCCCCCACAAGCAUGAACAUCACUGCAAGGGUGAUCACUGUGACAGGAAGUCCUGCCAUGAGUGCAAAGGCGAGUGGGCCAAGCCCGGAUGCCAGCACUGCAAGCCCGAGAGGCCUUGCCACGGCCCCAACUGUCACCGUCACCACAAGUACGUGGACGUUGAAGUCAUCAAGGAGAAGGAGAAGGAGAGGCCGAAGCAGGUUGAGGUAAUCAAGGAGCUCAAGGAGAAGGAGGUCAUCAAGGAGCUCAUUGAGAAGGAGAAGGAGAAGGAGAUCAUCAGGGAGAAGGAGAACGCGAUCAUCAAGGAGAAGGACAAUAAGAUCAUCAAGGAGAAGGACAAUGAGAUCAUCAAGGAGAAGGAUGAUAAGAUCAUCAAGGAGGAGAAGCCUCAGACGCUGAUCAAGGUGGAGACCAAGGUCAAGGUUGAGACUAAGCCUUGCAUCACCCAGACUCAGGUGCAAGUCCAGACCCAGACCGUCGUCCAGAAGGCCACUGCUUCUCCCCCUUGCCCCUCUCUACCCCUUCCCCCGGUCAAGAACAUCACUCCUCCAGUUCCUUGCCCUCAGCCUCCAGCUCCGGUUCCCGUUCCCGUUCCUGUACCCCAGCCGGCUCCGAAGCAGCCUUCGCCAUCUUGCCCCCAGCCUCAGCAGCCCAAGCCCUCUUCGGCGCCUGCACCUGCUCCUCCUUCCAACAACAUCAGCGGCCCAAGCAGCCCAGUUCCGAUCCCCGUUGCUGCUGGUGCGAAGAGCGUCAUCUCCCUGGGCACUCUCGCCAUCAGUCUUGUUGUGGGCUACUUCCUGUUCUAA